GUGCCGCGUAGUCGGUGAUUCCCGAAUAAUGUACCGCGUACCCUUGAACUUUCAAGCGCAUAUUUUUGCUUUACACACUUUGUAUAAAUACGAUGCAGUUCAGUGCAUUAGACAUCAGUCUUCUUCAAUCAACGAAACUGUCCACAGCCUGACAAUUACUGGUGCGAAGACACUUUAACAAUGAAGACUAUUUUUAUCUUGACAAUUCUGGGGAUUGCCUUUGCAACCACAGUACUUGGGGAAGAGGCACUUGAAUCAUCCUAUCUGCGGGUACCUCGUGAAGCCAAACCGGAACCUGAACCUGAACCUGGGACCAAGCCAUUAUAUAUUCCUCGACCUCCUCCUCAACCACAUCCGCGUCUGAGGCGUGAAGCCGAUCCGGAACCUGAACCUGCUAGUAGACCAGUAUAUGUUCCUCCACCUCGUCCACCACAUCCGCGUCUGAGACGUGAAGCCGAUCCGGAACCUGAACCUGCUAGUAGACCAGUAUAUGUUCCUCCACCUCGUCCACCACAUCCGCGUCUGAGACGUGAAGCCGAUCCGGAACCUGAACCUGCUAGCAGACCAGUAUAUGUUCCUCCACCUCGUCCACCACAUCCGCGUCUGAGACGUGAAGCCGAUCCGGAACCUGAACCUGCUAGUAGACCAGUAUAUGUUCCUCCACCUCGUCCACCACAUCCGCGUCUGAGACGUGAAGCCGAUCCGGAACCUGAACCUGCUAGUAGACCAGUAUAUGUUCCUCCACCUCGUCCACCACAUCCGCGUCUGAGGCGUGAAGCCGAUCCGGAACCUGAACCUGGAACCAAACCAAUAUAUAUGCCUCGACCUCCUCCACCACAUCCGCGCCUUCGUUAAGGAGGAUGCAAACCUAGAUAAAGCAGACUUAAAGGACACCUACAUGAAAUUGUGACUUAAUUUGAUCAAAAUACUCUUAAAAUGUAAAUGCUAUCCUGAUACUCACUAAAAUACUUGUUCUCAUCUAAUUUCCGAAUAAAAUUGAUAUCAUUAAA